GGUGGGGGAUGGACACUGUUGCAUGCCACUCCAUCACCAAAAUAGGCAUCCUGUGUGUGAGGUCCCGUGUGGGCCGAAUGGAGGCUGGCGUGCAUUUCAUUUUCAUGGAGAAGAGCGAGCAGCAGUGACGGAGUGCGGAGGUCAGUCUGUGUGAUUGUGCAGCAACCUUGUGGAAAUAAUAGAUGAGAAGCAGCUGCUGGACGCUCCGUUGUCCUGCUGCACACAUCAUGAACGAGGUCUACACUUACCACUUCCGCCACGCAGCCCAUCCCACUGAGCUGCUGGACGCCCUGAGGCAUUCCUACCUCCACGGCCUGUUUGCCGACGUGGUCUUGCGGUGCGGCGACUCCGGCCAGGUCUUCCACUGCCACAAGGCUCUGCUCGCCGCCUGCAGCUCCUACUUCCAGGUCAUGUUCACGGCCGACAUGAGGGAGAGGUCCGACAGGGUCAUCACGCUGAGCGGCGUGGACUGCGGCGAGCUGGCGGCUCUGGUGGACUACGUGUACACGGCUCAGGUGAGCAUCACCGCCAAGAACGUGCAAAGUCUGCUGGAGGCUGCCGACCUGCUGCAGUUCCUGGCGGUCAAGCAGGCGUGCGAGAGCUUCCUGGUUCGCUUCCUGGAUGUGGACAACUGCUUGGGUAUGCACGCCUUUGCCCAGCUCCACCUGUGUCCCCAGCUGGAGCGUGAGGCCAGGAGGUUGAUGCUGAGCAGGUUCCCAGAGCUCAUCCAUCAGGAGGAGUUCCUUGAGCUGGAGCCCAAAAGAAUCCGAACCGUGGUGGCUACUCAGAAGCUGGCUGCGCUGAAGGAUGAAGUGUUGAUAGCCGCCGUGGCCAAGUGGGUGACGCACGACUUGGAGAAGCGUCUUCAGCAUGCCCUGGACCUGCUCCAGUCCAUCCAUCUGGGCCUGGAUGAGGCCGAGUUCAAGGCCGGCUUAAAGGUGCAAAGGCAGUGCUUGGUGGGGAGCGAUGAAGGCUUCAAAUCCAUGGUCAUGAAGGCUUCACGACCAAAGGAGCUAUGCACCAGUGGGAGAAACCCAUCAAGGCUGUACAUCAUUGGAGGAUACUACUGGCACCCUCUCUGCGAAGUUCACAUCUGGGACCCCGCAAGGGACUCGUGGCUGCGGGGUAAAGACAUGCCGGAUCAUGCGAGAGAGAGCUACAGCGUGUCCUUGCUGGGGGCGGACGUCUUCGUGACAGGAGGCUACAGGACCAACACGGUAGAAGCCCUGGACACGGUUUUCAUUUACAACUGUGACUGCGAUGAGUGGAGAGAAGGCUGCCCCAUGAUCACAGCUCGCUACUACCACUGCUCUGUGGCUCUGCACGGCUGCAUUUACGCCUUGGGAGGCUACAGGGCGGGAGCUUCCGAGCAGGAGACGGAAUGGUAUGAUCCACUCAAGGAGAAAUGGUUCCCCGCUGCAAGAAUGAUCCAAGGUGUAGGAAAUGCCAGCGCUUGUGUGGUAGGAGAUAAGAUCUAUGUAACUGGAGGCCACUAUGGCUUUAGAGGGAGCUGCACGUAUGAGAAAAUCCAAGUCUACAUGCCAGAUGUCAAUGACUGGAGCAUCAUGGCCGUCAGCCCUCAUCCAGAAUAUGGACUUUGUUCUGUGUCUCUGGGUAAGAAACUAUUCUUGGUGGGUGGGCAGACGAGGAUUGGCGACUGCUUCGACACAGAGAAGGAGGAGUGGAGCUCCAUGUCGGUGAUGAAGGAGAGGAGGAUGGAGUGCGGGGCUGCCAUCAUCAAUUCUUGCAUCUAUGUGACGGGAGGAUAUUCCUACUCUAAAGGGACCUACCUGCAGAGCAUGGAGAGAUACGACCCACAGAUGGACACUUGGGAAAUCGUCGGGGAUCUUCCGGGACCUUCUAGAUCCCACGGAUGUGUCUGUGUUUACACUUUGUAAUGUCCUCAUCAAUUCUUGUCACUUCCAUUACUUACAGUCUCCCUUCUGA